GGGACACGUACCUGGUUCACAUUUAUCAAGCAAACACAGUUCGCCAAUUUCCAGUUGUCCGCCAUUACGGGUGGUUUAUCAAAGAAUACUAAAAAAGAGGAAUGAUGUGUUAUACAUUGCCGAAUUCCUCCCGCUGAAAUCUUGGCAUGAUGCCGCCUUAUCUGAGAGUAUUAGCUGGUUUCUAAGUUCCCCACUACAAACACAAAGGAGUAGAUUUUAUGUUAUAAACAUACAACCAGUUAUAACACUUUGGAUAUACGGGUUCUAAACCUUGCUGCAGAGGAAAAUACAGGAUAAAUCUUACCUCAAAUUUCUUGGAGAGAGAAUACAGGAAAACAUUGGUAUUGACAGACAGCACUAUACGUCACACCAAAAGUUAUGUGUGGGUGAGCAGCGACCACACUGACUAGAAAUCAAUACCUCCGGCAGUCACGCCUUCCCGAGUCAUGGCCGUUUCGUCAUGGAUAGUGAUUGUUGUCUGUUUCAUACCUAUCCUCGUUAACAUUGUCAAUGGGACUUGUGUUGAGAGCCUCCAGGGGAUAUAUCCUGCUCUCGUUCGUAUCAGCGAAAUAGAAAAUGACACUGUCCUUCUGAACACAACAACCUUACCAACGUUGAUUUGGAACUUUGCUCUUAGUGAGGUUGACAACGCAGUGAACCUUGACAAGGCGCUGGAACAGGACCUGUUUGAGAACUUUAUCAAUAUUUCAAAGUCUGACACGCAUAUUGAAGUCAAGCUUCUUAAACCACUCAACACAGAAUAUUUCUGUAAAAUUUAUAAUAAGCAACUGAACUCAUUUAUCAUUGGUAUAACCUGUAAAGAUCCUGGGAAUUCUGCACCCAUACCUCUGAGUUUUACGGUGAGCAACCUCGAAGUGGAUGAAUUCAAACCUGAGUUCAGGAUACAACCUUUAACCAUAACCAUACCAGAGAGUUCACCUAUUGGUACAACCCUAUUGCUUAUCAAUAACACCCUGAAGGAUGAGGACUGUCCACCUAACUUCGGACUAAACACCAUCCGACUCACUAACUAUACCAUUGACCCACAGGUUAACGGGAUAAGCGUGGUGGAGAUCAGGCUGGGAAGUGUUGGGGACGUCGUUUUGAAACAGAAAGUAGACUUUGACAAAGAGUAUGCUGUAAGACGGCCGGUGUACUUCAUGGUUAACGUGAGAGUAACUGAUCCACAGAAUCGUUUAACAACGACAACACUUCGAAUAAAUAUCAAGGAUGUGAACGACUUACCUCCUGCUUUUGACGAGUUUUCUUAUACAUCUCAUACAAGCAUUAAACACAGAGGAAAACUGACAGUAACCCCGUCUGCCAUUCAUGCUGUCGACCAGGAUGUCUCCAUCAAUUGUUCAGUCAUAUAUAGUCUCGUCGACAGUGGGCCGUUUAGUCAAUCUUUAAAUAUUGAUUCUACUACUGGUGAACUAAGUCAAAUCGAGGAUGUCACCUCCGCUCCAGACGUAAUCCAAAUACAGGCAACAGAGACCUGCCCUGAUACAACCACACAACUUUCGCAGACUGUUCCUAUGCUGAUUACGCUCAAUAACAAUACAGUGCAUUUGCCACCAGACGCAGGCAAGUCUACAGCCGAGGAAGGGUCAGAUUUUAGGCUCAUACUUAUUAUUAUUGGAGUUGUCGCCCUUGUAGUCAUAAUUGCCCUGUUAGUUGGUUUUGUGUUUUACUACAAGCGGAUGUCACGUGCUGUACGUCCAGAUGAAGAUAGACCGGAAACCCCACGUACCGAGGAGGAGGACUUGGAUACUGAUAGAUCAGGAAGUAAAGAAGUUCUUCUCGAUCCAAUGGUACUCCCAACGCCAACUGGAAGGAAAGGACAAUUACCUCCCUUGAAUAUGACAUCAACAGGUACAGAAACAGACAGAAAGAAGAAACGGUCUAGACGGAGAAAGAAGAAUAAGGAGCCUGACAUCUAUGACGGCACCAGAGAAUAUGAAAAGGCUGCGGAUCCCACAUUCUUCAAGUCCACACAAAAAGAUAAGAUAAAGAGAUCGACUAGAAGCAAGGAUAACAAAACUACCGAACCUAAUCGGAGAAUAAAUGUCGAGAAUGAGUAAUUCUUAAAGCGAUGGUAGCUUUCUGUCAUAUGGCUAACACAUUUGGAUCGCAAUCUCUCUAUAUACCAGUGUCAGUGACAUGUAAAGACAAACAUUUCAUGUUCAUAUAACGUGACAUCAAAAGCCUGAUUAACAACAGGAGGUCACACUCCUGUGUUAUCAGCUUAAACUGAAUUAGAUCUCGGUUCCCUUUCUUCAAAGAGGACUGUUGUUGGUCUAGCUAAUGUUGGUUGACGUUCACUUACAGAUACUGUCGCUUGUUGACAGAAAUGAUAAAGACAUAUUUUUUUGUUCGCAGCAGUAUUUUAGUCUUGAAAAUCUCUCUUACUGAAGUACAGUUCUGAUUGAAUAUAUAAACUUUAAUGAAAGUGAACAGCUAUGUACUUAAAAACCAGUCAUUCUUGUACAUGAACUAACUUAUUUCGUUUUGGAAUGAUAUACGUGAUUGCGUUUGAGUUGAUUAUGGAUGGGUGUUUGUAGUCGUAUUAAAACCAUGUAAAUAUUGCAUUCUUCUACGUAUACCAUGCUAUAAGAAUCAAAACAGUGAUAUUUUAUUUUCAAAAUAGUUUAAUAUACUAUCGACCCUAUUUGUUCCGUGUUAUUGACAUAUCUUUCGUGUUGAAACGAAUGAAAAGCGGGUAUACAACAUACAAAGUAUAUGAUAUUAUGGGGUAUACGACAUGAAAAUAGUAUGAUAUUAUGGGAUAAUUUAAAGAGCAUACAAACAGUAUUUUGAUACGUUUAACAUUCCGAUUCUAACGGUCUGUAAGCUAAAUAGUGGCACAUGAAUGCAAUUGUAUGGCAUAGGACGGGACGGGUGUAUUUUCAAAUACAAUGAUUCUCAUCUUUAACCUUGUUUUAACGUUAACAGUUAAAUAUAUACAUCCAGAAUUCGUAGGUCACACACAUAUAUAUGUUAAUCGAACUGAACAGGGUGAUAAGUCAUAAUGUUUAAAUACAUGUAUACGUUUACUUUACUGAUGCUACUAAUUAUGCAACCAAAACUAAGACAACUGUUUUGUUUUUAUGCUGGCAGUCGUUGUGAUUUUUACACUGGUAUUAUUCAUGAAAAGUUCAAAACAUCCUUAAUACUUGGAAAUAGCUAUGGCGCCUUUUUAUUUUCAAAAAAGUGCAAAUGAGCG